AUGCCAGGUCACAAGGGAAUCAAGGCACCUCAUUCACUGCUACUAGAUUAUUUCGGUGGCGAUCUGCAUCCUGCUGAUUUGGUAGAAAUCAACAAAAACGUCGACUAUUUGCAUUCACCAAAAGGAGCAUUACUUGCGGCUCAGAAGCUAGCAGCUGCCGCUUACAGUGCUGAUUAUACGUUCUUUCUCAUGAACGGUUCGACAGUGGGUAAUAUGGCCGCUAUUAUGGGUGUGACUGGUUGCCAUCAAAAGAUCAUAAUGCCACGUGCGUCGCAUCGAUCUGUCUAUGGUGGAAUCGUGCUUUCCGGUGCCAUACCCAUCUACAUCGAACCUGAUUAUCAUCCUGAUAUUGGAUUUCCACUAUCUGUUAGGGUGACAACAAUUGAAGCUCUACUCAAACAACAUCCUGAUGUUGUUGCUAUUCAUUUGACUUCUCCUAAUUACUACGGUGUUAUGUCAAAUGUAGCGGCUAUUUGUCAGCUCGCCCACUCGCAUGGCAUAGCUCUUCUUGUUGAUGAGGCACAUGGUUCGCAUCUUUGUUUUCAUUCGGAUUUACCCCAAUCAGCAGUGUCUUUAAGAGCAGACAUCAUCGUACAGAGUACACAUUAA